UGACGCCUACAGCAAGCUAGAGCAAGCAAGCACGACUGUCGAGCUUGAAAACAACAACCUCGCCAUCGCCAACGACACUGCCCAUCUCCCUGCGACCCUACGUUUGCUGCGAUCGACGAGAUAACUCGCCUUAAGAAAAGCGCCGUUUCGACGAUUUCAACACCUGCCGAAUUUCCGACACCAUGGGUGACGUUCUGGUCGAAAACCCGGCCAACCAUACCGUCCCUCACAAGAAGACGGCACCCUCAACAAUUCCUAGUAUUGAGAACUUUGAGGGCAUCUCGACGGAAGGAGGUGACGAUUAUGCUACACUGAAGAAGCUCCAAAGACAACUUGAGUACAUACAGCUGCAGGAAGAGUACAUCAAAGAUGAGCAGAGGAGUCUGAAGCGCGAGCUCGUUCGGGCUCAGGAGGAGAUCAAGCGGAUUCAGAGUGUCCCUUUGGUGAUCGGCCAGUUCAUGGAGGCCAUCGACCAGAACACCGGCAUCGUACAGUCUUCCACCGGCUCCAAUUACGUCGUCCGUAUCCUAUCCACCCUCGACCGGGAGAAACUCAAGCCGUCGUCUUCCGUCGCUCUCCACCGUCACUCGAACGCCCUUGUCGACAUCCUCCCUCCUGAAGCGGACUCCUCUAUCGCCAUGCUUGGCGCCGACGAGAAGCCUGAUGUCACGUAUGCCGACGUUGGUGGUCUGGACAUGCAGAAGCAGGAGAUCCGUGAGGCUGUGGAGCUUCCGUUGACACACUUCGACCUCUACAAGCAGAUCGGUAUCGACCCUCCUCGUGGUGUGUUGCUCUAUGGACCCCCCGGAACGGGAAAGACCAUGUUGGUCAAGGCUGUGGCGAACUCGACGACGGCGAACUUCAUUCGCGUUGUUGGUUCCGAAUUCGUGCAGAAGUACCUCGGUGAAGGUCCCCGUAUGGUCCGCGACGUCUUCCGGAUGGCUCGCGAAAACGCUCCUGCCAUUAUCUUCAUCGACGAGAUUGACGCCAUCGCGACGAAGCGUUUCGACGCCCAGACCGGUGCCGAUCGUGAAGUCCAACGUAUUCUGCUGGAACUCCUCAACCAGAUGGACGGUUUCGAUCAGACCGCCAACGUCAAGGUCAUCAUGGCCACCAACCGAGCCGAUACCCUCGACCCCGCGCUGCUCCGUCCCGGUCGUCUGGACCGAAAGAUCGAAUUCCCUAGCUUGAAAGAUAGACGCGAGCGUCGUCUCAUCUUUUCUACUAUUGCCAGCAAGAUGAGCCUCGCUCCCGAGGUCGACCUGGACUCUUUGAUUGUCCGCAACGAUCCCCUGAGCGGUGCCGUCAUCGCCGCCAUCAUGCAGGAGGCUGGUCUUCGCGCUGUACGCAAGAACCGUUACAACAUCAUUCAGAGCGACCUUGAGGAUGCCUACUCGAGCCAGGUCAAGGGCACGAGCGAUGAGAACAAGUUUGACUUUUACAAAUAAGCAACAGGCGCUACCCGGGCGGGAAAAGCGCUUGGAAACGAGGGCGUCUGCCAAGGGAGGGGUGGCAAACUGCACGCGGCAAGGCUGUCGAUGUUAUGGCACGGGGGACACGGCAAGGGAAGAGAUAGACUUUUCAAAGCUUUGGUAAGCGAAGCUUGGCGUCGCGUUGUACAAUACACUUGAUAAAC